UCAUUCGUAAUAAUAAUGUUGUCAGCGGUACUAGUGUUGGGUGCCUUCCUAAUAGGAUUGUAUUUAUAUGUUGUAAACAACACCACAGAAAACAAAUGGUGGUAUAUAAAUAAAAUUCCUGGCCCCAAAGGUCACCCAAUAAUUGGCAAUCUUCUGCAAUUUCUCUUCAAAACACCAGGUAAAAUUAUUUGCGAAUACAAAUUUGAUAUUUAUACACAAAUUAUUUCAGAACAACUUUUUUUAAUGGACAGGGAAUUUGCUGCUAAAUACUAUCCAAUUUAUAAAGUAAUUUCCCUCGAUAAAUGUUUGGUGAAUUUAUCGAGUCCCGAAGACUUAGAGAUCAUACUGACUAGUAUGAAACACAUAACUAAAAACGAACUAUACGACUUUUUACAUUCCUGGUUGGGAACGGGACUGUUGACAAGCAGUGGAACAAAAUGGCAAAACCGCAGAAAAAUUUUAACACCUGCAUUUCACUUUCAUAUUUUAAAAGAUUUUCUUAAGGUGUUCAAUGAGGAGACUACACACUUAGUGGAUGUGUUGUUGAAGAAUUGUGAUAAAUCUUUUAUUGAUGUUAAGCAACCAAUCACCGAUUUCACAUUAACUUCUAUUGCAGAUACUGCUAUGGGUAUCAAUCUCGGUGAUACAUCCGAGAAUGAAGAGCAAAUGCAAUAUAAGCAAGCAGUUUAUAAAUUUGCAGAUAUCACUAUUUAUAGAAUUACUAGACCAUGGUUGUUUGAACAUUUUAUUUACAGCUUAACCCAAACCAAGAGAGACGAAAUGAAAACAGUUGAUACUCUACAUUCCUUCACAAACAAUGUUUUGCAAAACCGCAAAAAGGGUUUUAAGAAAGUUGUUAAGGACGAUGAAGAUUAUUCGUAUUCCGUUAGGAAGAAAUUAGCUAUGUUAGAUCUGCUUUUGACUUACCAAUCAGAAGGUGCAGACAUUACUGAUGAGGGAAUUAGGGAAGAAAUCGACACUUUUAUGUUUGAGGGACAUGAUACGACAUCAGUGGCUUUAUGUUAUUUGUUGAUGAUAUUAGCUAACGAACAAAAGCACCAAGAAGAAAUUUAUCAAGAAAUAAUGGAUGUAAUCGGCGAUAGAACUCCUGAAUUUGAGGACCUGUCGCAGUUAAAACACAUGGAAUUGUGCAUCAAAGAAUGUUUACGAUUGUACCCAAGUGUACCAAGUAUUGGAAGAAAAAUUGGGGAAGAGGUAAAAACUCAUUCUGGCUAUAUAUUACCUAAAGACACGAACGUAUCACUUCGAAUUUACGACAUGCAUCACAACCCCAAUGUCUAUGAGAACCCGGAAAACUUCGAUCCGUACAGAUUUUUACCAGAGAAUAGCGCGAAAAGGCACCCAUUUGCUUAUCUUCCCUUUAGUGCUGGUCCAAGAAACUGUAUUGGUCAAAAAUAUGCCAUCUUGGAACUAAAAACUGCUCUGUGCGGUAUUUUGAAGACUUUCAAAUUGGAAGCUGUGGACACACCUCAAGAUAUUGUAUUCAUCACCGAGUUAGUUUUGAGAACUACCAAUCCUAUCAGAGUGAAAUUUAUUAAGAGAAGUUAAUUUAAUAAUAUAAUUAAUGAUAUCCACCAAGAUUUAAUUAUUAUAAGUUUGAUAUGUUUUGA